UCAUUAUCGAGAUAGAAUUCCAAUUGUGUUGAUGUUAGGAAUAACUACUUGUAUUCGUGGUAUCGACCCACUUCGUGAAAACUAUUCAUAUUCUGUGGUGCGCCUGUUAAAACCAGAAGCGUUUUAUUUGCGGACGCAAAAAGCCCGUUGCGAUGAUCUUGUAUCACAAUGUAUGAUUGAAGAUGCACAAUGUAUAAAAGUCGGUGAAAAAGCAUACGAGUUUCUGCUUGAUAUGUUUAUUGGAAGAAAGUUUUCGUUGUCAUUAUUUGUAUCAAGUUUGAAG